GUAACGGAAAAAAAUGCAAUGGAAGUCGUGAAACAUUAAAGCUUACGCUACUACGCUGGAACCGGAGGGCUGUGAUUAAGCGACGAAAGGGAUUUACUGUUAUCUGGCCUUUCAGAAGAUUGUAAUAUUCGUACUUCAAUGUCUUCUGGGUGUCCACCUCAGUCACCAGCUGUGGCAAAAUCUGAAGUAGCAAUAGAGGGAGAAUGCCCACUGCUGGCUGCCACCUUUGCGUACUGGGACAAUAUCCUAGGUCCACGUGUCCAUCACAUUUGGGCACCAAAGGGUGAUCAUGUGAUGUUCCUCAGCGAUGGAGAUGUGACCUUCCUGGCCAAUCACACAUUAAAUGGAGAGAUUCUGCGCAGUGCAGAGUGUGGCGCAGUGGACGUGAAGUUUUUUGUCCUGGCAGAGAAGGGCGUCAUCAUUGUGUCACUCAUCUUCGAUGGUGAGCUGAAGGGGGACAAGAACACCUACGCCUUGUCCAUUAUUCUGCCGCAGACGGAGCUGGCCUUCUACCUGCCUUUGCACACCAUCUGUGUGGAGAGGCUAAAGCAUGCUAUCCGCAAGGGACGCAUUUGGCUGCAAAAGGGCUACAACAUCAUCGCAGUGCUGAGCUCGGAGAUUGUUUCUAUUAUGGAGCUGCUUGCUUCCAUGAAGACUCACAGUGUGCCUGAAGACAUAGAUAUAAAAUACACCGUGCUAAAUGAUGAUGACAUUGGGGACAGCUGCCACGAAGAUUUCCUCCACAAGGCCAUCAGCUCUCAUCUCCAGACUUGUGGUUGUUCAAUAGUGGUUGGAAGCAACCCAGAGAAAGUAAACAAGAUCGUGCGAACACUUUGCCUCUUUCUCACUGCUGCUGAGAAGAAAUGUUCACGCCUUUGCAAGGCAGACUCAUCCUUCAAAUAUGAUACAGGCCUUUUUGUUCAGGGUCUGCUAAAGGACUCCACUGGUAGCUUUGUACUGCCCUUCCGCCAGGUUCUCUACUCGCCUUAUCCGACCACACACAUCGACGUCGACAUCAACACAGUCAAGCAAAUGCCGCCGUGUCACGAGCAUACUUACAACCAACGUGGCUAUAUGCGGUCUGAGCUUAAUACACUUUGGAAGACUGACACCGAAGAGGACAUACCUCCUGACACUAUCAUCCCAACCGAUGACACUUUUACACCUGAUCUGAAUAUAUUUCAAGAUGUUAUGCAUAAAGAUACUUUGGUGAAGUCAUUUAUAGAUGAGGUAUUCAUGCUGAAGCCUGGCCUUUCCCUGCGGAGUGCCUAUUUGGCUCAGUUCCUGUUGCUUCUCCACAGGAAGGCCCUCACACUGCUUAAGUACAUCGAGGAUGAAACUCAAAAGGGGAAGAAGCCUUUCCGUUCCUUGCGCAAUUUAAAGACCGACCUAGAUCUGUCGGUGGAAGGAGAUCUGAACAUUGUCAUGGCCUUUGCUGAGAAGUUGAGAGCAGGACUACACUCAUUUGUGUUUGGAAAGCCAUUCUAUACCAGCAUGCAGGAAAGAGAUGUUCUCAUGAACUUUUGAUUCCGUUCUGCACUUAAUGACUUGAAAGUUCUGGGUUUUUUUUUGGGGGGGGGGGGGGUACAGGAAUACAUGCAUGCUUUCUUUCCAUUCUAACAGUUCCCAUUCAGCCUUCAUUUGCGUCCUCUUCUGUACAGGGACUCACUUCAAAUCAUCACUGUUUCUGUGAGCCUUUUUAUUUUAUUUCUCUAAUCUGCUUUUAUAAUGUGUUUUGAAAAGACAAAUGUUGUUAUAUAUGCUAUGGAUAAUAUGCAUGUAUUUGAUUAUGGUGUUGAAAUAGUUUGCUGCCAACCAGGAUGUUGAAAGUGUAUUUAAAAUGCUAUUUAUUAAAAGUAUCUGCUAUUUUAUUGCCUGUGUGAAGCAAAUAUCAAAGUUGGCCUUUAACAAAUUUAGGUGUACAGAUUAGCUGUUUUUGUUUAAAAUGAUUAAUGACUGUCCGUUGAAUGUGGAUGUUACAAAUCCAUUGACAUUAUUAAAGUGUUUAGUGUAA